UUAGCAUUUCAGCCAACACAGUGGCAGAGCGCAUUUCUGACAUGUCAGGAAACAUUUACGAUCAACUGCGUGAGAAAGCUAAACAUUUCCAUUCAUUCUCACUCGCUCUUGAUGAGAGCACAGACGUCACUGACACUGCGCAGCUCGCAAUAUAUGUCCGUGGUGUUGAUGAUAAUUUUGAAGUGACGAAGGAGUUGCUCACAAUGAUUCCAAUGCAUGGCCAGACCACCGGUCAGGAAAUAUUCCGCCAGCUGUGUGAUUCCAUUGUGGAUGCCGGCUUACUAUGGAAGCGUUUUGCUGGAAUAACAACUGACGGAGCGCCAUCAAUGACAGGGAGGAAAAAUGGACUGGUGGCACUUGUUAAAAAAAAACUGGAAGAGGAGGGUGUGGAAGAGGCCAUUACUCUGCACUGCAUUAUCCACCAGCAGGCCCUUUGCAGCAAAUGCCUGAAGUUUGACAAUGUGAUGUUUGACGUUGUGAAAUUCAUCAACCAUAUCAGAUCCAGGGGUUUAAAGCACCGGCAGUUUCGCGCUUUUUUGGAGGAAAUAGAUUCAGCAUAUGAGGACGUGCUCUACUUCACCGAGGUACGUUGGCUUAGUAGGGGGAAGGUAUUGAAGAGGUUUUUUGAGUUGAGAGCAGAAGUGAAAGCCUUCAUGGAGAAGGAUGGGAUGACUGUUCCUGUACUAAGUGAUCCCAAAUGGCUAAUGGACUUAGCUUUUCUGGUUGACAUCACACAGGAGCUGAAUGUACUUAAUAAGAAGUUACAAGGCCAGGGCCAGCUUGUAAGUGCUGCAUAUGACAAUGUCAGAGCAUUCUCCACAAAAAUUGUAUUAUGGAAAGCCCAGCUUUCCCAGACAAACCUCUGCCAUUUCCCAGCAUGCAAGGCACUCAUGGAUUCAGGCACAACAUUCAGUGGUGAGAAGUAUGCUGAUACCAUUGGAAAGCUACAGGAUGAAUUUGACAACAGGUUUGCAGACUUCAAGACACACAGAGCCACUUUUCAAAUUUUUGCUGACCCCUUCUCUUUCGAUGUGGAAGAUGCCCCCCCCUGUGCUUCAGAUGGAGCUAAUUGACCUGCAGUGCAAUUCUGAACUCAAAGCCAAGUUCAGAGAGGUGAGUGGAAAAACAGACAAGCUUGGACAAUUUUUGAGAGAAUUGCCCCCCACCUUCCCUGAGCUUUCCAGGAUGUUUAAGCGGAUCAUGUGCCUUUUUGGCAGCACCUAUCUGUGUGAAAAGCUCUUCUCCACAAUGAACUUUAAUAAGUCAAAGUUCAGGUCCAAACUUAAAGAUGACCAUCUUAAAGCCAUACUGAGGGUCUCAGUUGCUUCCUCCCUCAAGCCAAAUGUGGAUCAGCUGUGUGAGAGGAAGCGCUGCCAAGUCUCUGGCAGCAAGGAGUAGGAGGAACUUCACCCAGAGUCUACCUCCAGCGGCC